CAUCAACAUUAUCUUCUGUCCUGAAACCAACUAUAAGGAUGUCUGCCAAGUAUACUUACACCAAAGAAACGACUAACUAUGCCCGGAUAUGUAGACUGGUCAUUGAUGUCUUCCCCGACGUCUUCAGAGAAUUACUCGUCACUCGACUGCCAUCUGGACUCCCUUAUGUACUUUCCAGUCAAAAGGGUCAGAUUAUCUCCCAGUUGAAUAAACAACAGAAGAAAAUGCUUUACCCCUCAGGUGGAGUGUUCCAAGGUUCUGAGAAGGAUAUGGAUGUUUCUUUACUUUAUAUCCUUCUAAGGAAUCUAGGGAACAUCACUCCUCAUGGAAAGGGUUGGGGUAAUGUUCCAGAUGCUGCAGACCGUUGUCUGUCAGCAAACAUUGAUCGUCUACGGAUACACAGAAAUGAGAUAGUGCAUGCCAACAUUGCAUAUCUUUCUAAUAGUGACUUUAGGACGAGGUGGGCCGACAUCCGUCAAAGUGUUGAGGACAUACAGAACAGUGACCUGAAGACAGGGAUGUUUGUACAAGCCGUGGAUAGUAUACUGACCAUGACCAUGGACCCAGAUGUAGAGAGGAAGUACAUAAUUCUUGUAAAGAAGAUAGAAGGGGAAAUCAGUGACAUGAAAGAGAGACAAGACGAGAUGGCAACAAACUUGGAUAAUCUCAAAGGAACUGUUGAUGAUGUGAGUCAUCAUGUUGGUGCUGUGAGUGAUGAAGUUGGAGCUGUUAGGAAAGACGUUACUGCUGUGAGUGAUGAAGUUGGAGCUGUUAGGAAAGACGUUACUGCUGUGAAGGAAGAUGUCCGUACCCUGAAACAUUUUUCAUCAACAAUAAAAGGGGAAAUCUGUGACAUAAAACAGAGACAAGACGAGAUGACAACUGACAUGGACAACCUAAAAGGCACUGUUGAUGCUGUGAGUGGUGAUGUUGAUGCUGUGAAGAAAGAUGUCAGUGACAUGAAACAAACAUCAGCCAAAAAUGCAGGAAGGGAUCCUAAGUUGACAGCUAUGAUAGGUGAGUCUUGAGAUUGGAGGGAUACAACAAAACGCCCAUAUGGACCAAACUUCAUCAGGGACGACAGCUACUGAAACAUUUGAAACAUUGGAUGUUUACAUGUUUAAAGAACACACAAAAUACUUGAUUUUGAUAUAACAAUUACUGUUGAUGAAAUUAUCCAUCAAAGGUCAAGGCCACAUGUUAUCUGAUACGUCACAUAGUCAUUGUGGCUGACUGAUGGAAACAGGUUGUCUUAUUGUCAGGGCCAGCUUCUGUCGUCUGUCAAAUUUUAGGUCACCUGAGUUGAAGUCUGAAGUCAU